CCCGCGACCCGCAUGCGGGUCGCGGGGGAAGGCGCGGCGACCGGCCCGAAGGCUCCGUCGCGGGCAGACCGGGCCGCCCAGGAGACCCGGACGAAGGGAAGCGCCGCGGCCUCAGGGGAGCCACCCCCGGCGGAGCACUGCCAGCGGCGCGGAAAGUGCGCGCUGGCCGGGGGAGGGAGGUCCCCGCCGCGGGACAGGGGUCAGCCGGCUAGGGCAGACAGCGGCCAUGGAGUCAGGGGCCGGCCGGCGUGCUGAGGCCGCGGGGCAGGUGCGUGCGCGGCGGGCGUCGCUUCCCCGCCCGCCGCCCCUGGGCGGCUACAGCACGGCGGGGCUCGGCUGGGCGCCGGCGGAGCGCGGCGCUCGCUCGGCUCACGAUCGUGUUUGCGCAUGACCCCUCCCCGCCUGCGCCCUCCCCUCCCCGGCGGCAGCGGGGAAGGUUAGCCUCAGACACAGGCGGCUGCUCGGCGGCGGCGACGCAGUGCAGAGGUGCGGGCAGGUUGCGCUGGCCCCGCGCCCCGUCUCUCCCGCGCCCCGCCUGCCUCCGGAGCCCGCUCCCCGCCGGCGGCCUCCCCGCGCCGGUGUCGGGCCGGCCCCCCGGCCAUGAGCGCGGCGCUGGGUGUCCCCCCGCCGCGCCGCCUCCCCCGCCGCCCCCGGCGGCUGCCGGGCUCCAGGAAAGUAGCUUGAUGAGUGUCCAAAGUAGCAGUGGAAGUUUGGAGGGGCCGCCAUCUUGGUCCCGGCUCUCCACGUCCCCACCGAGCCUGCAGGGCUGCUCCGCGGCGGCGGCCUCCCAGCUCCACGGCGCGCCGCCCGGCAAGCCGCCCAAGGAAGGAGCAAUGGAUGAGCUUCAUAGCCUGGACCCAAGAAGACAAGAAUUGUUAGAGGCAAGAUUUACAGGAGUAGUAAGUGGCAGCACUGGGAGUACUGGAAGUUGCAGUGUUGGAGCUAAAGCCUCAACAAAUAACGAAAGUUCAAAUCACAGUUUUGGAAGCUUGGGAUCUUUAAGUGAUAAAGAAUCAGAGACUCCAGAGAAGAAACAGUCAGAACCUUCCAGAGGAAGAAAAAGAAAAGCAGACAGUCAGAGUGAAAGCAGCCAAGGAAAGAAUAUUGGGGGACGUGGUCACAAGAUAAGCGACUAUUUUGAGUACCAAGGUGGAAACGGCUCUAGUCCAGUGCGAGGCGUACCUCCUGCAAUCCGAUCUCCUCAGAAUUCACAUUCCGCUCCUUCUUCUGUUCGACAGAAUAGUCCUUCUCCUACUUCAUUAGCUUUUGGGGACCACCCUAUCACACAACCAAAGCAGUUAUCUUUUAAAAUUACUCAGACUGAUCUCACAAUGCUGAAAUUAGCUGCACUAGAAAGUAAUAAAAAUCAAGACUUGGAAAAGAAAGAAGGUCGUAUAGAUGACUUACUCAGGGCUAACUGUGAUCUUAGAAGACAAAUAGAUGAACAACAAAAGCUACUUGAAAAAUAUAAAGAAAGAUUAAACAAAUGUAUUUCAAUGAGCAAGAAGCUUCUUAUCGAAAAGAGCACACAGGAGAAGCUGGCAAGCAGAGAGAAGAGCAUGCAAGACAGAUUACGCCUGGGGCAUUUUACAACAGUUCGUCAUGGUGCUUCAUUUACUGAACAGUGGACAGAUGGCUUUGCAUUUCAAAAUCUUGUGAAGCAGCAAGAAUGGGUGAAUCAACAAAGGGAAGACAUUGAAAGGCAAAGAAAGCUCCUGGCCAAGCGAAAGCCUCCAACUACAAAUAAUUCUCAGGCACCAUCUGCCAAUUCUGAACCCAAGCAGAGGAAAAAUAAAGCUGUGAAUGGGGCAGAAAACGAUCCCUUUGUUAGACCCAAUUUACCACAGCUUUUGACUCUAGCAGAGUAUCAUGAACAGGAAGAAAUCUUCAAGCUUCGAUUAGGACAUCUCAAAAAGGAGGAAGCUGAAAUACAAGCAGAACUUGAACGUUUGGAAAGAGUUAGGAAUCUUCACAUAAGAGAACUGAAAAGAAUAAAUAAUGAAGAUAAUUCACAGUUUAAAGAUCACCCGACGUUGAAUGAACGAUAUUUGUUACUCCAUUUACUUGGCCGAGGUGGCUUCAGUGAAGUAUACAAGGCUUUUGAUCUUUAUGAACAAAGAUACGCUGCUGUGAAGAUUCAUCAGCUUAACAAAAGCUGGAGGGAUGAAAAGAAAGAAAACUACCACAAACAUGCCUGCAGAGAGUAUAGAAUACACAAAGAACUGGAUCACCCCCGGAUAGUUAAACUAUAUGACUACUUCUCCUUGGAUACAGAUACGUUUUGCACGGUGUUAGAAUACUGUGAAGGCAAUGACUUGGAUUUCUAUCUCAAGCAACAUAAAUUGAUGUCAGAGAAGGAAGCUAGGUCCAUUGUAAUGCAAAUAGUAAAUGCACUACGGUAUCUCAAUGAGAUCAAGCCCCCUAUUAUACACUAUGAUCUUAAACCAGGUAAUAUCCUUCUUGUAGAUGGAACAGCAUGUGGAGAAAUAAAAAUUACUGAUUUUGGCCUCUCCAAAAUAAUGGAUGAUGAUAGCUACGGUGUGGAUGGAAUGGAUUUAACUUCACAGGGAGCAGGAACUUACUGGUACCUGCCUCCAGAGUGUUUUGUAGUUGGCAAAGAGCCACCAAAGAUUUCUAAUAAGGUUGACGUAUGGUCAGUUGGAGUAAUCUUUUUCCAAUGCCUUUAUGGUAGAAAGCCAUUUGGCCACAAUCAAUCACAGCAAGAUAUCUUACAAGAAAAUACAAUAUUAAAAGCCACAGAAGUUCAGUUCCCUGUUAAACCUGUUGUAAGCAAUGAAGCCAAGGCCUUUAUCAGACGCUGUUUAGCAUACCGAAAAGAGGAUAGAUUUGAUGUCCACCAGCUGGCUAAUGAUCCUUAUCUUCUCCCUCAUAUGAGGAGAUCAAAUUCUUCAGGAAACUUGCAUAUGACUGGGCUAGCAGCGUCCCCUACACCACCUACUUCAAGCAUUAUUUCGUACUGAAAUUUCUCCAACCAAGGAAUGGCAUGAUACCUUUGUGUAGUUUCCAGAUGCAGACUUGAGCUUGAAAGCAGUUGAGUGUUUUUACACAGGACAAGUUUGAUAACUGUGUUUCCAGACUGAAGUCCUCCUAUAUAGUGUCAUUUGUAUGAUUGGAAUGGAUCAUGGACUGUGAAUAAAUGUACCCUUCUGAGAAAUACUUUUAAACAUUGAAGGAUGACACUGCCUGUUACACACUAACAGGUGUAUUGUGUUUAGGACUGAAGAAAAGGUUUUUAGUUUUUUCUGGGGAACAUUGUAAAUAAUCUUUUUAAUACUUAAAGUACAUUUGGUUGAUACUGGAAAGUUCUAACAUGAAGGGUAGUUUUUCAUUAUUUAAAUAAAAAAGGGUAGUGAACAAAUUUGAAAACAGGAAAAAUUCCGUGCCUGAUUAUAAACUAAACAAACUGCCAUCUUUCCAAGACAUUGAUCUUUUGAAACCAAAGUAAGGAGUGUGAGACAGUCGAAGAUAUGUUCUGUGUCAGAUUCCUCAGAUAAAAUUGUAGUAUUUUAUUUGGCGACUCAGGCUUGUACCUCCAAAAAUGUGGUGGUGUUUCACUGAAUUUAGAUUGGAAGGGUGAUAUGGAAUUCCUGGUACUUACUUCUCAAAUAGAUUGCUAAUUUUGAAAUCUGCUCAAUUUUCUAAAAAUACUAUACUUGCUGUGGUAUUGAAACUUGUGAAACUUUCCAGACUUCUGAUAAAAGCAAGCAACAGUAUGAAACCAAAUGCAAACAGGUCAUGUAUAAUGUUCUAUGCAGGAAUAAUGAUAAAUUCCCUUCUAGCUCUAUUGUAAAUUGUUGUACAGACGUCACAUUUUCAGUUAAAUUCCAGCAACUUAUUCCUGUACAAAUGUUUAAAGUAUGGCUUUUUCUAAUUGGAUAUUGUAUUUUUUUUAAGUCUCCCUCAAGGCGCUUUUAAUUGCUGCUAAAUGACGUUGCUUUUACUUUUGCGAAAGAAUCAAAUGACCUCCUUAAGGUGCAAGUCAACUGUACGUUACAGAGAGAUUAAGAGUAAGUAAUUCAUUAACAAUCAAGGCAUGUAAAACAGAUCUGUGUUGGCAAUAUACAGUACAGUUCUUUAAGCCAGUUUAUUGCGUUCUCUACAUGCAGAGCGCAUUGAUACUAGAUGUAGAAGUUGCUCAUGGUUAUUCUCUUAUUUCUGGAAGUUCCUAUCAACAAGGAAAUGUUUCUUGUGGCUUGUACAGAUAUUUUAAAAUGUGAAACAUUUUCUAACUGCCUUGUAUGGUAGAAACUUACUUUUCAGAACAGUGUAUCUCUCUCUCUCAUUCACUAUUCUUUUUACUAUCCCAUUCUUGAUGCUGAAUACCUACCUAUAUGUAAUUUUGUCCAUGUUGCAGAAAAAGGAGGCUGUAUUACCACCGGUUUUCAUUUAGUAUUGUACAGUUAAACUGUUGCUCUUGUUUCUGAUGUUGCAAGCCAUUUUGUUUUCAUUGUAUAUAAAGAAACAUUAACUGUCUCUUUAAGAUGCUGCUGAAAUUGUAGAGAAUGUAGCCAAAACAGUAAUAAACAAUGACAGUUGAAAUUUCAA